AUGUCGUUCAUGCUCAUGCAGACUCCCGAUCCUCGGACGAUAAAGGACGCUCUUCCCGAUUUCACCAACGUCUCACAUAUCUUCCUCCCCAUCAACGACAACCACUCUGCCUCCAUCGCUGAAGGCGGCACGCACUGGUCUCUGCUCUUAGUUUCCAUCGUUGACGGCGUCGCAUUCCACUAUGACAGCAUGCCACCCGGAAACCAAAACGAAGCACACUACGUCACCCAAAAACUCUCCAGACUGAUCAACAAGCCUCUGCGGUUCAUCCAGUUGACCGACUCGCCGUUGCAGGAUAACUCGAGUGAUUGCGGGGUAUUUGUCUGUCUUAAUAUGAGGCACUUACUCCUAAAGAGACUCUUGAUGGUCAGAACGGAUGCGAAGGUUAGCAUGAGUCUGGGUGGGAGGGUGGUGGAUGCCUCGGCCGGGAGGAAGGAGAUGCUACGCAUCAUUGAGGAGUUUCGGAGAGAGGGUGAGAGAAGGAGAUCGUAA